UGUAUGACAUUGAGGAAUAUAACGUUCGUGCCAUUUGCCUUGGUUUUUCUGACUUCCUUCUUCGAAAAUAACCUAUAAAAAUAAGCAAGAUUUCUUUGUUAACUGGAGAAUUACCUCGACCAACACGGAAAGAACCCAAGCAAAACGACUGAAGAUGUCGUCGUGUCGAAACUUCGCUUUAAGCCUCCUUCGACGCCGAGAAACACUCCAAAUAGAAGGUGAAAGCUUAUUACGAAGAUGUCUCAACACUUUUGAUUUGACAGCACUUGGAGUAGGAACGGUGAUUGGUGCUGGUUUGUACGUCGUGACUGGAGAACUAGCUCGAGACGUAGCAGGACCAGCCGUUGUGAUUUCAUUCUUCAUCGCCGCCGCUGCUGCUUUUCUGUCUGGUUUAUGCUAUGCAGAGUUCAGUUCCAGGAUUCCAAAAGCUGGGUCGGCCUACAUCUACACGUACGUUGCCCUUGGGGAACUGUUCGCCUUCAUUGUAGGAUGGAAUAUGAUUUUGGAAUAUCUGAUCGCGGCUGCCUCUUUGGCUCGAUCCUGUAGUGAAUACAUUAACUCUAUUGCUGGUGGUGAAAUUUAUAAGUUCUUUAUUAACGACAUCGCAUCUUGGAAAGACAUUACCUUUCUGGGUCCCUUUCCCGAUUUCCUUGCAAUGGCGAUUGGUGUCAUCAUUACUGUCAUCGUCUGCUUGGGUGUCCAGCAUUCAGCAAUAUUCAACAAAAUAACAACAGUAAUUAAUAUUUUAGUCAUUUGUUUUGUGAUCAUUGCCGGGUUGUUUUACGUCGAAUCAAAUAAUUGGUCCUCUCCUAAGAAAUUUGCUCCAUACGGCGUUAGUGGUAUCCUGACAGCGGCCGGUAGUUGUUUCUACGCUUUUGUAGGUUUUGACGCAAUUGCAACAGCCGGAGAAGAAGCAAUCAAUCCAAAACGUUCCUUGCCUCUUUCCAUAAUGUUCUGCCUGAUAAUAAGCUUUUUGGCUUAUUUUGGAGUAGCCACCGUCCUUACUCUCAUCCUUCCUUAUCAUCGCCUUUCCCGCUUUGCUCCUUUGGCCGAGGCGUUUGCCACCAGAGGAUUUCCAGCUGCGAGAUACGUGAUUUCCAUCGGGGCAAUUUGUGCAACUUCUUCGUGUUUGAUGUGCAAUUCGUUUGCAGCUCCGAGAGUCGUGUACUCCAUGGCAUCAGAUGGCCUCCUCUUUAGUUUCUUCGCCAAAGUCAACCAAAGAACCUUCGUACCGGUAAGAGCAACUGUGCUAGAUGGUCUCAUCGUGUGCACUUUGGCGGUUAUUAUGGAUAUAAGACAACUGGUCGAGAUGCUGUCUAUUGGUACCCUUGUGGCUUAUUCCAUGGUGGCUCUGUCUGUCUUACUGACCCGAUAUCAGCCUGGAGUUCCUAGUGUGACUAUCGAAGGGGAUGUUUACCAGGAAAACACGAGGAAAUGGCUCAAGAAGCUUUGCUGUAAAAAAGAAGACAAGGAGGGCGACUAUGAAGUUUUGAGUAACGAAGAUGAAAAGGUGCAACAAGAUACCGACUUCAUGACCUCCAGCGACAUGGAGAAAGCCGAACCAUCGCCUGAGUCUUGCUGCCGAGCUUCGUUCGCUGCUGCUUCACUGGUUCUUGGAAUAACUGGACUGUGUUUGACUCUCACUCUUGCAUACCCACAUCUGGCUAAAAAAGAAGUCUGGGCGAUAUUGCUGGCUUGCUUCUUUGGUCUUGUCAUUCUAAUGUCGCUAAUGGUUUUGGAGAGACAGCCAAAGAAUGAUGCUACCUUUCCGUUCAUGGUCCCUGGUUGUCCGUAUCUUCCAACCAUUUCCAUCUUUAUCAAUGUUCUGUUGGUGGUGAAGUUGAAGUACUGGACGUAUGUACGAUUUGGCAUUUGGAUGGUACUUGGAUUCUUCAUCUACUUCUUCUAUGGAUACCGACACAGUAAUGAAGCAUUGAGCUCCCACGAUGAAGUGCAUCAAUAUAUUCUUCCGGAUACACCUCCUAUCAAACAGAGAGUAGAAGUACUACAACCUGAUAAAUUAAAACGCACCCAUCGCGAAUGAAGCAAAACCAAGACUAAAAAUACGAAUGAAAACAAUUGAAUUUAUUCCCCGUAUUUUCUUCUCGCGAAAUUUAAUGGCCAGUAAUUGUACGUGAGGGGGGAGGGGGGGUGCGGGGCGAGAAUUUAAGAAGAGCAUAUGAGUCGUGAUGUAUUUCCCGGUUAAUACCAUAGGAUAAGAUAUAAGAAGAUACUAUAACUUGUUAGCGCAUUCAUUAAUUUGGUUAAUGUCAUUGCGAGCAAAUAUUAAGCUAAGGUCGUCAGCAUACAUUUUGGCUAGGAAUAAGUCAGAAAAUUACGUAAAUAAUUGAUAUAUAAUAAAAACAAGAGGGGCCAAGGAUGGUCCCUUGGGGUACUCCGCACCGCACCAAUACCUUAAGGCCAGUUUAGACGGUACGAUUUUUGCCUACAACUAUCGUGUACAACACGCUCGCGCCAUCCUACAACUCGAGUCGUAGCGUGUAAAUCAAGCCUACGACUCGCCUACGACAGACGCGAGCGUGUUGUAUACGAUAGUUGUAGGCAAAAAUCGUACCGUCUAAAUCGGCAUUAAGAUGACUUUCUACUGCUUACUAUACAUGCAUCAAGAAUUCCGCGCAACUACUCUAAGCUCAUGCUCAAGUGGUCCCAAAGAGUGGAAUCAUGAGUUGUGAAUCUUUGUCAAUCACGAAAUGACCAAUGAACACUCGGUUUAUAAAAUACUGGGAUCUAAUAAAGAUUUUGGUGUGAAAAAUCAACCUCUUUGGCACAAAAAUGUCCCGACAGAAUGAUGACAAACUUUUCAAUAGAAACGUCUGUCAUUAUCAGUUGCAAGAAAAAAAUGAAUGAAGGUACUUGUUAAGUAAAUUAAAACAAAGGAACAAAAUGUAAUAUAAUGUAAAGAAAUUAAUGUGGUUGAUUAGCAAGAAAGGGACAAAUUGACAUCAUGAUUGACCUGAUGAUAGAGAACAGGGGAACUUAUCAUUUCAACCCAUCAAUCCGGUUGGAAAUUCGUUUUUUAAUGGCAAAAAAAGAGUGGGAAACUUUUUCUUCCAAAAAUGGUACACGAGCCUACUGACCGUAAGAACGAAAAAGAGCGGAUUGCCUCGAUCGGAUUACCGAAUUUUCCGGAACUUUCUGAUUGGAAUGAUCGACGCAUAUCAUCGGUCUUCCAACCGGAAUUUCCAGUUUCUUACGGGUAAAUGGUAAGCACCCCAGCUCUUACAGGAACAUGAAUUCAUUAGACAAUUUAAUAGGGGUAAAAGAAAACGAAAGGAAAAAGUAGAAAUAAAAUUUAUUUUGUCUUAA